AUGGAUUAUUUAAAAAAAUCUUCGUCCAUCAGUGUUUCUACGAUUUUUAAGUUAUCAUUAAUUUUGUUGUGUUUACUACUGGUGGUUGUCUACUUUUGGAAGAAACGUUGGCUUUAUUAUUAUUCAUCAAUAUUGCCAGGACCAUUUUCCUUACCAUUUCUGGGAACUGUAAGGGUAGCGUUUGCUGGGCAAAAAAACAUUUUCCCCCUUUUUGAAAAUUUGGUAAAAACGUGCCCACUUGUGUGGAGGGUGUGGAUUGGUAAUCAAUUAUAUGUUGUGACUUCACGUCCUAACGACAUUGACAAACUACUGAAUAACUUCUUAAGUAAAGAAAAUAUUUUACUUUACGAUUUUAACGAAGAAAAUCUCAGCUCUCUGUUCACUUCAAGGGUAAGCGUUUGGAAAAUUCACAGGAAAAUGAUCAAUCCCAGUUUCAACCAGCAGAUCAUUAAUUCCUUUACCGGUAUUUUUGUUAAGUAUGCAAACGUAUUAAAUGAAGGGUUCGAACAAAAUUGUGGUAAAGGUUCCGUUGACGUGUUGACCAUGGUGUGGCGAUGUACUUUAGAUACAUUGUUCGAAACUUUAGCCAACGUUGACCCAAAACUGCUGAGGAAGGGAAACGAUAAGUUCGUAUGUAUGAUAUUAAGAUAUGAACGACUGCUUACUGAGAGGUUCUUCAAUGUAAUUUACCACUUUACCUUUUUCUGGAAACUGAGUGUCUUGCACAAGGAAGUCACGCAAAUUGUAAAUGACAUGUUCGACCACAUUAAACAGCUAAUUGAUCUUCACAUGAAAACAAAGUUUUUGUCCAUCGAAAGCAGUAGUGUUAUAGAUGCUGAAGUGUGUAACAAUAAUGACAAUCUUAAAGAAAAGGCCUUUUUGAAUCACCUGUUAACUAAAGAACUGACAGCAAAAGAAGUUCUAGAAGAAACUACUUUCAUGUUUAUGGCUGGCAGCGAAACGACAGCUCUCACGAUAUCUUCAGUUUUGCUCGUAUUGAGCAUCUAUCCAGAAAUUCAGGAAACAAUUUAUGAAGAACAGUGUAGUAUAUUUGCGGAUAUUGACAAGGAUGCAACUUUAGAUGAUAUUAACCAGAUGAAUUACUUGGAACGCGUCAUAAAAGAAACUAUGAGGUUUUUACCUCCUGCGCCUUAUCUAGCUAGAGAUAUAGAGGAAACAACCGAAUUAAAUUCUCAUGUAUACCCAGCAGGCAGUGCGGCACUCAUUCCAGUAUGGUACGUUCACAAAUAUCCGGAAUUUUGGCCCAAUCCCUUAAAAUUUGAUCCAGAUAGAUUUCUGCCUGAAGAAAUUGAAAAGAGACCUCGUGCUGCAUAUUUACCAUUUAGUUACGGUCAUCGUAACUGCAUUGGUCUAAAAUAUGGAAUGAUGUCCAUGAAAGCGAUACUCUCCACCAUUUUAAGGCGGUUUAAAAUAAAACCAGGGAAGUAUAAAUCGAUCGAAGAAAUUGAAGUGGAGUUUCAUUUUGUGGGAAAAUCGAAAGAUGGAUAUAAGGUAGCCGUGGAAAAGAGGGGAAACUAA